AUGCCACCCACCUGGGCUUCUCCGCCUAAGGAUCAAACGACACCUGCACCGAUGCAUGCCAAUCCAGACACCAAGUCGGAUGUUGAUUCCAUCAUCCUCGAUUAUCUCGUCUGUCUGGCUAUUGACAGUAUCUUUGUGGCCAUUGAAAACCUGGCCCAAAAUGAUAGUCACCGGAACGAUGAUGACGAUGUAAGCUGGCAAGUCGAUACUGUAAGAGGACUAUAUUCCUCUCUGGUUCCGUCUGAGCUUGAGUCUCCACUGGCCGAAGACCUUGGUAUCAAGUUCGGAAUCCUCACGGCGGCUGACCAACUUCGGCAUGCGACGACUACACGGACAGACCAGUCAAGGGAGCAGCGCGUGCCAAUAUCACAAACAGGCAUGAUGUUCGUUCAGCUUUGCUCGGCAGCUUCUUCCAAGAUCUCUGAGUCCCGAUUUUUCGAUGCCCUUGCGCGGUUCAUAAUCCAAGCGAUUAUCGAAGAUCAGAGUGAAGGGCGCCAACCAUCAAAAUAUUUAACUGAGCUCUGUUCAUGGGCCCCGGAAGAUCCGGCACAACGUUCGAAAUGGACAGCGAUACGACAACGAUAUGUUGAUGAGCUGGACUUAGGCUCACCACGUGCCACCCAGAAGGCGGUCCAGCAAUAUCCCCUUCUGGAAUUCAUUACUAUUCUCACAACAUUUCUUCGAGAUCUUAUGACCACCUUAGAUCCACCUGUGCUCAUUCAGCUCGAGCGCGGAAAACUCGGAGACCUCACCCGUGAAGAUACACAGGAUCUCAAGAACCUGGUGGGACUUCGCUGA